AAGCGCCAGAGUCUGCGCAAAACGAACGCGUCUAGUGGUCGCGCUGCUUGUGCUGUCACGAGCCUUGUCCAAGGCUACUGAGUAGCGAAUUGACAUAAAUUAUUGAUGACAUCGAAUUGUCUUCGUUUAGCCAUCGGACAUACAUUAUUAGAUAAGAUACAUUGUGGAAAUACGAUUGUAUGCUAACAACUGGUGAUGUUUCCAAACAUUUGAAAUAGCUAGCUAGCCAGCUAGCUGUUUAGCUAGCUUGCCGUGCGUGACUCACUGACAGAGUCAGAUAUCAGACCGAGUGGCUAUUUUUUUGGCAUUCUGCUUUUUCUCUGAUAUCUGGAUAUAUAAUAUAUUUAUCGGGUAGAUAUAGUUAGUUACAACUGCGUGUACUUUCACCGUCAUUUGGUCGUGGGCGAAGGGAAGGUUUGAAUGAAUUUGCUAGCCAGCGGAAACGUCGGCUAGUUAACGUGGAUACACUUUAGGAACCAUACCGCUAGCUUGCUGAAUUGAUCCACGGCACGGCCAUCCAAACUAGCUAAUGUGCUAGCAAGCUAUUAUAAACGUACUAUUUUUGGUAAAACGCCAAGGAACAGAAACUGUUAAAGGUUCGCUAAUUAGCUAGGAAACAAGCUAACACAACCUGUACUGUAACACCUAAACGCCAGCUGACGUUUGAUAACUGACCGUCGACGAUUCAUUUUUUACGGGAAAGGCCGGAGUGAGGAAAGAAACCAGCAAAAAUGCCGGCUGUGUCGAAGGGAGAUGGGAUGCGGGGAUUAGCGGUGUUCAUUUCGGACAUACGGAAUUGUAAGAGCAAGGAGGCGGAGAUCAAGCGGAUCAAUAAGGAGCUGGCCAACAUCCGCUCCAAGUUCAAGGGGGACAAGGCCCUGGAUGGCUAUAGUAAGAAGAAGUAUGUCUGCAAGCUGCUGUUCAUCUUCCUGCUGGGACAUGACAUCGACUUUGGACACAUGGAGGCUGUCAACCUGCUCAGCUCCAACAAGUACACAGAGAAACAGAUCGGCUACCUGUUCAUCUCGGUGCUGGUGAACAGCAACAGCGAGCUGAUCCGCCUCAUCAACAACGCCAUCAAGAACGACCUGUCUAGCCGCAACCCCACCUUCAUGUGCCUGUCUCUGCACUGCAUCGCCAACGUGGGCAGCCGCGAGAUGGCCGAGGCCUUCGCUGGAGAGAUCCCACGCAUUCUGGUGGCCGGGGACACCAUGGACAGUGUGAAGCAGUCUGCUGCCCUGUGUCUUCUGCGUCUGUACAAGGCCUCCCCAGACCUGGUUCUGAUGGGGGAGUGGACCUCCCGGGUGGUGCACCUCCUCAACGACCAGCACAUGGGUGUUGUCACGGCAGCCAUCUCCCUCAUCACCUGUCUCAGCUCGAAGAACCCAGAUGAGUUCAAAACCUGUGUGUCCCUGGCCGUGUCUCGUCUGAGCAGGAUUGUGUCGUCAGCCUCCACUGACCUGCAGGACUACACCUACUACUUUGUCCCAGCCCCGUGGCUGUCCUGUAAACUGUUGCGCCUGCUGCAGUGCUACCCCCCGCCGGAGGAUGGUGCCGUGAAGGGCCGCCUGGUGGAGUGUCUGGAGACCAUCCUGAACAAGGCCCAGGAACCACCCAAGUCCAAAAAGGUGCAGCACUCCAACGCCAAGAACGCCAUCUUGUUCGAGGCCAUCUCGCUCAUCAUCCACUACGACAGUGAGCCCAACCUGCUGGUGCGUGCCUGUAACCAGCUGGGUCAGUUCCUGCAGCACAGAGAGACCAACCUGCGCUACCUGGCUCUGGAGAGCAUGUGUACCCUGGCCAGCUCUGAGUUCUCCCAUGAGGCUGUCAAGACCCACAUCGAGACGGUCAUCAACGCACUCAAGACUGAGAGGGAUGUGAGUGUUCGCCAGAGGGCUGCUGACCUGCUCUACGCCAUGUGUGACCGUAGCAACGCCAAGCAGAUCGUUGCCGAGAUGCUCAGCUACCUGGAGACAGCCGACUACUCAAUCAGAGAGGAGAUGGUGUUGAAGGUGGCCAUCCUGGCAGAGAAGUAUGCGGUGGACUACUCAUGGUAUGUGGACACCAUCCUUAACCUCAUCCGCAUUGCCGGGGACUACGUCAGCGAGGAGGUGUGGUACCGCGUCAUCCAGAUUGUCAUCAACCGCGACGACGUGCAGGGCUACGCCGCCAAGACCGUCUUUGAGGCGCUACAGGCCCCAGCCUGUCAUGAGAACAUGGUGAAGGUGGGGGGGUACAUCCUGGGAGAGUUUGGAAACCUCAUCGCCGGGGACCCCCGCUCCAGCCCUCUGGUCCAGUUCAACCUGCUCCACUCUAAGUUCCACCUGUGUUCGGUGCCCACACGCGCCCUGCUGCUCUCCGCCUACAUCAAGUUCAUCAACCUGUUCCCAGAGACCAAGGCCACCAUCCAGGAGGUGCUUCGCUCCGACAGCCAGAUCAGGAACUCUGACGUGGAGCUGCAGCAGAGGGCCGUGGAGUACCUCAAGCUCUCCUCCAUCGCCAGCACCGAUGUCCUGGCCACUGUGCUGGAGGAGAUGCCUCCCUUCCCAGAGAGGGAGUCGUCCAUCUUGGCCAAGCUGAAGAAGAAGAAGGGUCCGGGUGCUGUGUCGGUAGAGCUGGAGGACGGCAAGGAGAGAGGAGAGCUCAAUGGUGGAGGGGACAGGGGGGGCGACGCUGCCAUCGCAGCCUCUAACGCUUCCACCCCCUCCCCUUCAGCGGAUCUGCUUGGCCUUCGUUCGUCCGCUCCCGUUAGUGGGGCCGCUCCCAGUGCAGGCAGCCUAUUGGUUGAUGUGUUUUCAGAGGCGGGGCCUGCUGCCUCCUCUGCCGGCGUGAACGACGACGGCUUCCUGAGCGCUCUUCACGCUCCCGAGGCCUCUGACUCCCCAUUGGUGGAGGGUCCUGGUGACUCGGACUCUGCUCCCCCUUCUGCGGCCUCUGAGGAUCCUGCCCCUCCUCUGCCCGAGUCAGACGAGCUUCUCAACAAAUUUGUGUGUAAGAACAACGGUGUGUUGUUUGAGAACCAGCUGCUUCAGAUCGGCAUCAAGUCUGAGUACCGCCAGAACCUGGGGAGGAUGUAUCUGUUCUAUGGCAAUAAGACCUCGGUGCAGUUUGUCAGCUUUAGCACCACAGUCAGCUGCCCAGGGGAGCUGCAGUCUCAGCUCAACGUGCAGACCAAAACAGUGGAACCCCUAGUGGAGGGAGGAGCACAGGUGCAGCAGGUCAUCAACAUCGAGUGUCUGACCGACUUCAUUGACGCUCCGCUGCUCAACAUCAAGUUCAGGUAUGGGGGAGCCCUGCAGAACAUCUCUCUCAAGCUGCCUGUCACCAUCAACAAGUUCUUCCAACCCACAGAGAUGGCUGCCGCAGACUUCUUCCAGCGCUGGAAACAACUUAGCCAGCCCCAGCAAGAAGCACAAAAGAUCUUCAAGGCCAGCCAUGGCAUGGACACAGAAGUGCUCAAGGCCAAGUUGCUGGGCCUGGGGACAGCCCUGUUGGAGAAUGUGGAUCCUAACCCAGAGAACUAUGUGUGUGCCGGAGUCAUCCAGACCAAGGCCCAACAGGUCGGCUGCUUGCUGAGACUGGAACCCAAUGCGCAGGCCCAGCCUGGCGAGCAGAUGUACCGGCUGACUCUGCGCAGCAGCAAGGACACCGUCUCCCAGCGCGUCUGUGACCUCCUGGCAGAACAGUUCUAAAACCCUGAGUCUAGAACCCACCCAACGCGCUCCAGGCCGCCAUCAUCAUCACGCUGUAGACACCCAACACACCGAGACCAGCAUUUCAACUCACCCCACCCAUUUCAUCCCUCCCUCCCACCCCACCCAUUUCAUCCCUCCCUCCCACCCCACCCAUUUCAGUCCCACCCAUCCAUCCCCCCGAACAAAGAAUCAACGAGAAGAAGGAAACAUACCUACAUAAGGGAAGAAGGAAAAAUACCUACAUAAGGGAAAAAAAAGCAGCCGUUGCCACUUACACGACUGCCCUAUUAUUGUCAUGUAUUAUUAUUGUCAAGAUUAUGAUUCCGAUUCUUAUUAUUAUUACUGUUUAUUAUCAUCGGCGCUACAAUUCUUGUUUUGUUCUGUGUUUACCUGUGAACGUAAGUGUAUGACUGUGUGUGUGUGUGUGUGUUGGGUGUGUGUUCUAGAAUCAUGCUGGUGUGUGUGUCCUGUUCUUCUCCGUCCUGUCUGUUUAAGCCCUUGAGUGCUCCUGUACUUGUGAUGACAGCUGGUGUGUGUGUGUCCGUGCGUGUGUGAUUCAUGGGGGAGGGUGGGAGAUUCUGUGCGUCGAUUCCGCGACAUUUCAACCUUAGACUAUUCCUGGGAGUUGCAUGGGAGGACCAGUUCUACAUACACACACACAUAUACAUGUAUAAUACACAGCCAGAUACUCUCACAUGUAGGCACAUACAUGCAUAUAUUUGUACAUGCUUAAGUGUCUGUGUAGGGAGGGAGGGGUAAAACGAAAUCACACUAAAGAAAUGGGACGCUUCUGUGUAAGAGUCCAAAACUACACACUCUAAACCCCCACCUUCACCCCAACCCCAUCUCUUCUCCACCCUCUAAACCCCCACCUUCACCCCAACCCCAUCUCUUCUCCACCCUCUGCUGUCCCAGAUCCCCACCUGUUAUACAUAGAUCCCAAAGGCCUCUAUCAGUAUAAUCGCUGAGAUAUAAUAGUCCAUAAAAUAAUUGGAAAUGGCCAGUGCACUUUAGGUGGUUCCAAGAGACCUCAGUCCAUCAAUACCCCUCAAACACAUACACACACCACCCCACUCCCACUUCCCCCAUCUUUCUGGCGUGUAACCAUACUUUAUAUAUAAACUCAAAUGAUUCUGUACCUGUUCAUGGAAUAUAUAUAAAACAAAUAAUGUAAUUAAUUACCCCUUUUUAUCUUUUUUUUUAUUGUCUCAUAUUUCCUUUUCAUUCCUUUUAUUAGUAGUGGAGUUAUUGAAGUGUUUGUAUGUUUCUUUAAUGGUGUAAUGCUGUGUUGCUUCUGUUGUGUGUGUGUGUGUGAAGGUAGUGUGAGAGAGUAGGGCCAGCAGUGUGUACCCUGCAAAUAGGGUAGAGGGGUCAGCUAGAAGGAGAGCGAGAUGGAGAGAGUAGCAGGGUAGCUGGUCUUGUUUACAGUGUUAAUCAGACAGAGGCGAGGUUGACACUUGACUUAAACCUAUCAUAAAGCCUACUGAAAGCCUACUUACCACCAUCGUAAGCAUGACAUAACAGAUGAGGAAUUAUAAGACGUUGUGAAAACUGAUGUAAGUUUAUUUCAGAUUAGCAAUGUUUUUGGACACUUGAGGCAGGGCUCAUUGGUUGAGAGCUGACAUGGGAUGUUUUAUGACAGCUUAUGACAUGUUUAUGUCGUGCGUAAGUAAGCAUUGAGCAGGCCCCAUUGAUGGGGAGUUCAGGUGGUAGUUGGGAGGAGUUAGAGGGCAGUGGGCCAGUCCGUGUUCACAUGAAGAGUGAAGCGGCAGAGCAGAGGCCUAGUCUUCAUUAUUUUGAUUUGUUAUAUUUUUGUGCUGAAAAGAGGGAUGGGAUUGGAGAGUAGAGUGCUGCUUGACACCGUGAUUGACUGAACAAAGAUGAGUACCUCAGAACUUGAUCUCUAAACACGCACAGGCUUGUGCACGCACACACACGUCACAAAUACUUACCGUAUGGUAUUAAUUGGGAGAAGAUUGCAAUUUGCAGAAGAUUGAUUAUAAUCUUUGACAACACAACCAACCACAAAGACACUGGACAGCACUUAUCUGUAAACUCACAUUUCAGACACGCGCGCACCCACAUGUCCAUUCUUAGAGAUGAGAGAGGAGAGAACUCAAAGACCAACUGUCAAUCACAACUACCGGGAUCGAGUCAUCAGGGGUGAGCAUCGCGCGUGUGUGUGUUUGAGUGUGUGUCGGUGUACCACGUGAUACAAAUAUCCUAAAUUAUGUUUGAGAUAUGGUCAUAUUAGUUUCAACAGGAGUCACUUGUACGUCUAACCCAUGCAGCAUUGGUGGGACAGUCUGAUCAUUGUAGUGGGAACUGUAGAAUAAUUGUGUGUGUGUGUGCGCGUCUAUGCAGUAUCCGCUAGCUAAUGCAGCCCCGUGUAUCGGUGUUAAACCUGUCAGAUACCUGUGUUAGAUUUAAGAUUUACUCUGUACUGAAUAAUGUGAAAGUAAAACUAUGCCAUAUACGCUA